AAUCUAUGGCUGGGGGUAGUUCUGUGUCAAAUGUUUUGGCUUUCGUCCAAAGUAUAUAAAGCAGUAGCCAUCGAAUUCAAAAUCACACUCGACUUGACAAACCAAAUAUCAAGUACACCUCUCCAUUCUCUAUUUUAAAAAGAAAUGAUCGCCUUCAAAGUUUUCAUUGCCGUUGCGUGCAUCGCCUUCGUCAUGGCUGAUGAAGAGCAAAAGGAAGUCGUCGAACAACAAGCGGCUGACUCUGACAGCGGCAAGGAUCUGCAAACAGCCGAGGGUACCCUCGGAGCGUAUGGAGGUUACGGCGGACUUGGUUAUGGUGGACUCGGCUAUGGCCAUGGAUUGUAUGGUGCCGGAUACGGUGGAGUAGGAUAUGGCCAUGGGAUUGGUUAUGGAGCUGGAUACGGAGGUUACGGAUUGGGUCUCGGUUAUGGUGGACAUGGUCUUGGAUACGGAGGAUAUGGAGCUGGUUACGGAUCCAACUACGGACACAACCACGGCAGUUCUGGUUACACCAGCGUCAACAAAGUAAUCAGCCACGGAUCAAAGAGCCACAGCAAUGGCCACGCCCUUGGACAUGGUCAUGGAUACGGCCAUCACGGACUUGCUUAUUAAUAUCCCUCCUGUUUCUGAAUUAUCGCUAGAGCAAAAAUUGUCCUUAUUUCGCAAAUCGAAAGUAUAGAUUAUCCGUCACAAAUACAAACUACAGCUAAAGUGUA